GCAGGUGAACUCAGGCGAGCUCACGCUGGACGAGAUGGAACUGAAAGACAUCCAGCGGAUGUCCCCCAUCGUGAUGAAGCUGCUUCUCAGCGUCGCGAUGAAGCAGCGCCAGACCGACGUCAUCCUGAUCAAGACGUACCUCGUCUCCCCUGGCGCCAAGAGCGUGGUGGCGAUCCGCGGAAGGGCCGAGGGGAUCCGCAGCUCCACCGCGGCGGGCCAGAGCGACGCGGAGAUGGCGAAGAUCGGCGCCAUCGGCGUCGCGGCGUUUGUAGGCCUGCUCGAAGGUCUCCACCGGGAAGGCGCGUCAGUCGGAGGCCUCAACCAGAAGAAAUUGACCGAGCUGGCCGAGAAGUUGAAGGCGCUGGCAAUGAAACAGAUAGUCGAGCUCGUUCCACUGGUGAAGGCCAGCGACACCCGCGACCAAGCGAUGGCCAAGCUCCAGCUCAGCUCCAACAAGACCGACAUCGACCUCGGCGUGAUUCACGAAGCGAUCAUACAGACGGGCGCGAACUACAAGCCAGGCCAGGGACCCAUGGUACACAUGGAACGGAUCCUGCACACGAAGCUGGCGCAGAUGGAAGACACUCUCAUGGGCUAA